UGCCGUAUAACGUGACGUCUUCCUAAGAUAUCGCGUUAUUUCGGUGGUUAUUACGUCAUACACACUGCGGAAGUGUUUUGACGCUGAGAAAAACAAAAAGUACAUUUGUCCUGGUUUGUAACAUUAUCCAUCCAUCCAUCCAUCCAUUUUCAUCCGCUUAUCCGUUACCGGGUCGCGGGGGCAGCAGUCGCCACCCAGAUCACAUUGCAGUGGGAUUAACCGCCCUAACCGGGAUUCGAACUUGUCCAGGAGGUGAACCCUGGGGUUCCACACCAAUGACAGAGACAUUGCCUCUGGUCCAAAGCGCCACGGUUUGUAACAUUAUAAAAGAUAUUAUUUAAAGUACUACGGUUUGUUUCCUAACUUAUAACAGAAAGUAUAUCGUAUAUUCAGGACCCUAUAUAAUCGCUAUAAGAAUAUGUUUAGGUGUAGAUACUUACUCGUUCUCUAAAAUGUUCUCACGCGGUGAUGUUCUUUCCAAAAGUUAAUUGUAAUUGUAAUUGUAAUGCAUGGCUGCAAGCCAAAGUUACCGAAUAACAAGAAUGUGAACAAACGUUUUAUUUUAAUUUGUUAAGCGGUUGAAGAUCCACAGACUAUCUGACAAACUAACCUUGAACCUUUAAUUUGCUUUGCAACCAGUGCGUGCAGGCACUUUACUUAAUGAAAAAUAUAUAAUUAAGUAAUCCAUAAACGUUUCUUUUGAAAGUUGUAGCCUCGGUUAUUUGUUUUGUCAGUCUUUGUGUUUUAAAAUACACAAGGAAAUAGUAGUAACAAACAAGUAGUAACAAACAAGUAGUAAAAAAAAAACAAGCAAACUAUACAAAACUAUAACUAUACUUUACAAAAUAUAAAGGCAGAUGGAUAUGCUGCCAAAAAAUGGGUCUGGUGGAUUACGACGUGUAAGGAGAAAUGACCCUCGCGAAAGAAUCAAACCAAGACAGCAACAAAAGUUUAGAAAUACACUCAGACACUGGUUGAUAAAUACACAGACAAAUGACAGUGCAGAGGAAAACGGGGAAAGUGAAAACGAUGGAGACAUUACAGAUGAUGGUGCUGGUCAGAGUAGCUCUGCUCAGGUACUGGACAGUCACUCUGAGGACCAAGCUGCAGAAUCUGACAUGGAUGAAGAAACCCAGCUCUUGAUGCCACAAGAACUAGAAGGAGACAUUUCAAUGUCACAAGCCUCCACUGACAUGGCAAACGGUGAAGCUGUGCAGAAUCACAACCAUGAUGGAUUAGACAAAGGAGAUGUGUCCCCGGCAACCUCAGUGGGCUUAGUCAAACACAAAACCAAAAUAACAGAUUUCUUCUCAGGAAUCUCAUCGUCACACCCUGCUGUGAAACGUGCAAGGGUGGAACAAUUUCCAGAGAAGCAGGAUGACGACAAUGACAUCAUUGCUGAAGUAUCGUGGCUGGGGACACCAAUCACUGAGCUCAAGAGAAUGCCAGAAUGUGGGGGAUGGCUUUGUCCACUGAGGGAUGUCCCUGAUCAGCACACUGUGAUGAUAAUGACAGACUCGUUAGGCAAUGGCAGGGUUCCUGUUCCAGAUCCUGCUCAGUUUUGUGACACGUGGGAUGAUGUUCAUGUCAAGAUGCCCUGUUCCAGCAGUAAUUUGUUUCCUGUUGAAGAUGAGGAAACACGUAAACUGCAGAAUAAAAGUCGGUGGGAGUUGAUCAAAGAAACUCUAAAUAAAGACAUAACAAAUCCACUUGAGUUGAAGAAAGCAAUACUGAAAUACAGCCCCGCACAUGCAAAGAAAUGGGACUUCACGGCAUUUCAUUUGUACUGCACAAAGGUGCUGGCACAUGACGCUGCAGAACAUCUGUUUGACUCCCUGCUGCCAGACAUGGUCCAAUUAGCAUUGAGAGCAUCCGAGCUGUGCACCAAGCCGAUCCCGCUCUUGAAGAGGGACAUGAGUCACUCCAUCACAAUGUCCCAGGAGCAGGUGGCCUGUCUGCUCACCAACGCUUUCUUCUGCACCUUCCCGAGACGCAGCUCCAGGCGGACCGAGUAUAGCAACUACCCAGACAUCAACUUUGUCAAGCUCUUUGAAGGUUCUGCUUCAAGGAAGAUUGAGAAGCUCAAAACCUUGAUGUGCUAUUUCAAACAUGUGACUGAACAAAGGCCUUCUGGUCUGGUCACGUUCACAAGGAAAACAUUGGACAUACCCAUUCAUUGGAAAAGAUCAAAGACUCUGCUCACAAGACUUCACAUUACUUUUGAAGGAACCAUUGAGGCUGAUGGAUAUGGAAUGCUUCAGGUAGAUUUUGCAAAUGCAUUUGUGGGAGGAGGAGUCACCAGCUCUGGUCUGGUUCAAGAGGAAAUCCGUUUCCUGAUCAACCCUGAGCUGAUUGUUUCUCGGCUCUUCACAGAGGCCCUGGGCCAUCAGGAAUGUUUGAUUAUCACAGGUACUGAACAGUUCAGCAAAUACAAGGGGUACGAUGGAACUUUCCAGUGGGGGGGCAGCCACCAAGACACCACACCAAGGGACGACUGGCAGAGGAGAUGCACCGAAAUUGUUGCCAUCGAUGCUCUGCGUUUCAGGAACUUCCUGGAACAGUUUAAACCAGAAAAUAUCAACAGAGAACUCGACAAGGCCUACUGUGGAUUCGCUCGUCCGGAGGGACAAAACACAAACCUCGCAGCGGUGGCAACAGGAAACUGGGGCUGUGGGGUUUUUGGAGGUGACACCAGACUAAAAGCUCUGAUUCAGAUGCUGGCAGCUGCCGAGGCGGGACGCGACGUGGCCUACUUCACCUUUGGUGACAAGAAACUCAUGACAGAUGUUCACAACAUGCACUCGUUUCUCACUCAGAGGAAUAUCUGUGUUGGGGAAGUGUGCAGUCUCCUGGAGGAGUACUUCACAUCUGUGUGCAAGAGAUGUGUGAGCCGACAGCCUGACGUCAGCCUGUACUCCUUCAUCUACCAACAGGUCGACCCCUCCCUGGCAUCUUAUGACUUCAACACGCACUCAGCCAGACAACGUGUACCCAAGGAUAGCUGUUAAGGUCAGGCGGCUGACGAGUCGCCGCCAGCCAUCAACAUUUUUCGAAAUAAAAAAUUUUCAUUUGGCUUUUAGCUGUAUAUCAAACGUCAAAACUGCAACAGAAAUUAGAAACACUUAAAGUGGCAAAAAUAAAAAAUCUGGUAAAUGGACUCUUUCCAAAAAGAGACGUUGAUUAGCUUUGACCCUGUUGUCGCCCCAGUCCAAGCUGCGUUCACUUUCCAGCCGCUGGUAAUAAACCAAUGGAUUGAGCAUCAACGCAACGCGAUCGUGAUUUUAAUGGCAAAGCAAAGGUUGACAUCCAUCUUCAGAGUGUGUCACAUUGGCGUUUUUUUUUUUUUCCUUUUUACACCCACACAUACAUAUCCAGCCUAAUUGAAUUGGCUGUCAGGAAAUCGAGUUAGAGGAAAAGAAUAACAAUAGCACGGUCUGGAAAUCUGGGAGCAGACUCCAGAGAGAAGCUCAGAUGAUGAGGAAGGGGAGUAAAAUUCUUUAUUUCAAAAGUGUAUAAUUUAGUGCGGUUUGUCUCUUCUUUUGUAAAAUUAAAUGGCGAUUACACUUAAAAAAAAAAUAACCUUAAUAAAAAUCGAAUGGCUUCAAGUUUAA